AUGGAUGCUGAGUCCAUUGUAGAUGAGAGGCAGGCUCAGAAUCUGGGAAGAGGGACCAGUGGAAGUUUCGGUAACGCCACCUUCCAGCAGAUACAAGGAACAGCCAUGGGAGCAGACUUUUCUCCCACCAUGGCUAAUAUCUACAUGUCCGUAAUACUACAGAAGUUUCUCCUUACACAACCCACCCAACCAUACUACCUAAAGCGUUACAUAGAUGACAUCCUAAUGAUUUGGACAGCCUGGGAUGGAGGUGAGAUAGAUUUCCGGGGAGGCCAGUGGGCGGGGAUUGAACUGGACGAGGCCACCGGGAAGAAUGAUGGCUCUCUGAAGGGGAUCAGGUUCUUCACCUGCAAACCCAAGUUUGGUGAGAUAAGGAUGGGAGUGGAGUUGGACAAUGGGGGAGGAGACAACUCGGGGUUUCACUCCGGAGUGAGAUACUUCAACUGUAGACCCGCCCACGGGGUAUUCCUACCUACUUCCAAGGUCAAAGCACUAGCAGCAACCUCCAGUGGCUCUUCUACUAACAGUGGCCCAACUACUGAUUCCCAGCUCACUCCUCCCUCUCCUCCCCCUCCCCUCAUCCCUCUCCUCCCGUCAACAAACGAAGACUCAACACCUCCAACACCACAACAUCCUGCUUUCAUGGUCAAAACUGGAAGUACUGAAGCUCACACAGCUACUUUACAACAAGCACAUAAAACAAUUUACUGUUGA